GCUUUUUCUGAAAUAUUAUUAUUGUUAUUACUUAUUAUUUAUAGUAAUUUAGCCUCUCUUUUUUCUAAAGAAAAAAUUUAAAGGGUGUUUUGGUAACUGAGUGGUAGUUCAAGAAGCAGUUAUGGACUACGGGGAUUAAGCAUAAUAAUUUGCCUUGUAUGCGUGAUUAAGUAACAGCUGUGUGUGAUUUUCAGAAAAAGGAGUUUAAAGAAGGCUAAAUAUAGAUGGACAGCACAGUGAAAGAGUCACAUAACUGAGUGUUAGUGCUUAGUGUGCGAGUGUUGGUUAGGGGCUUUUAACACCUAUACUUAGAUACAUAGAGACAUAGAGCAUAAUCAAUUGGAUGUUUGCAUCUAUUUGGAUUCUUGGCUUUUUCAAAAACAUUUCUGUGUUUGCUUUUUGGGUUAUGAACUUAUGAUGAUGAUAUAGUUCUCUGAGUGUAAGGCAAAGAUCUGUGAUUGAAGCACUUGCAGAUUGUUUAUCUCCUGCUGUUUGAUGGGUAUGAACCUUGCUAGAAUUUUAAUCAUUCAUGUGCUUUUUUGUUUGAGUUGUUGAUCUAGUUUAAAAAAAUGGAUUUUUUAGAUUGUUGAAGGUGUGAUUACGUUUUUCUCUCCCUUUGAACUCAAAUUUGGAAAUGCUAGAGCCCUUUUUUUCUUUUUUCUUUUUUUUUCAAAUGAUGGGUGGUUUUCUUGGAAGUAUGAUCAUUUGCUUGGAGGGAAGGCAUGCUUUUAAUGCGUACAAUUUUCUGCACUUAUGUGCAUUUGAUUAUUUCUCAGCGUGUGUUCCUAUUCUACUACUCAUUUCCAAAUUAGGAGGAAAAGAAAAUACCCAUUUCUGCUAUAUAUUAAAAAAAUUUCCUUUCUAAGGAAAAUCUAUUGCAGUGUGGAGGGUGUUUCGCGUAUAAUAGGUUGCUAAUUGCCUAUGACUAGAUUCAUGGAGUAGGGUACCUUUUGGUUGAUGAACAUCCCUUUUGUUUUAUGGGGUCUGUUGAAUCUCUGGAGGAUUGAUUAGAUGUUAUUCUUUUUUAAUUUUUGCCAAUUUUUAUCAUUUGUUAGGUAUGCAAUUUUUUCUUCUUAUAUUAUAACAUUGGGACUAUUUUUUAUUUUUAGAAUUAAUCUCAAUGUGAAGUGAAUAAUUGAUGCAGUAUAGUGUUUCUUUAUGCCUAUUUUCUAGGCUGUUGUUUACUAGUUUUUGUUAUGGUCGUUGGAACUUCUUGCAGUGACAAGAUAAAAGCUAUGGAUAUAUCACAGUACACUAGGAUUGUUUUUGAGAAACUUCAGAGAUUUGAGCCAGAGUAUGCUACAAAGAUCAUUGGAUAUCUCCUUCUGCAAGAUCAUGGUGAGGAAGACAUGGUUAAAUUGGCAUCAUUCCCAGACCAUUUAAUCCGCGAGGUGGCGCUUAAGGCCCGGACCGAGCUUCAAAGGUUGGCUGCUAAAUCAGCCAUUCAUCCAAUUUCACUUCCAAUCAACUCUCAACAAGAUUUAAGCCCUUUGUCAUCAAUCUUCUCUAGCACUCCUACUUCUGCAGCAAGCUUCCACGUUCAAUCUCCCUACUGGGAUACUCUGUCUACUAGUAAUACCAAUUCUGAAUUUAUGCCAUUAAGUUUCUUGGAUUCUAUCUCAGAAUUUCAAAAGCAGACCCCAUUUUUCUGUUUAGAGAAUCAAAUGGAAACUGUAAAUUCUGGGACUGUUGGAUUUGUCAAUGAUUGCUUUGGAUUAGAUGCUCCAUCAGGUGGUAAUAUGGGUUCAAAACCUGGUAGAAGGUUUGAAUUACCAGUUAAGACCUGUCACUAUUUCAACAAAGGAUUUUGUAAGCAUGGAAAUAGCUGCAGAUACUAUCAUGGACAAGUUGUUCCUGACAUAUUCUCUCAGAUGUAUGGAAAUGAUGGUCUUAAUGAUGAUCAGGUGAUUUCACCAGGGUCACUAGCACAGUUAGAGUCAGAAAUCGUUGAGCUCCUAAAACUAAGAAAAGGCAACCCCAUGUCAAUUGCUUCCCUUCCAAUGGCAUACUAUGAUAAGUAUAAAAAGGUGCUGCAGGCAGAAGGUUACCUAACUGAGAGCCAGAGGCAUGGCAAGUCUGGCUACAGCUUGACAAAGCUUCUUGCGCGGUUGAAAAAUAGUAUUCGGCUAAUUGGCAGGCCUCAUGGGCAGCAUUCAGUGGUUCUGGCAGAAGAUGCUCCAAAGUGCAAGGGAAAGUUAGAUUUUGGUCAGUACAUUAGUGCAUCGCGACAAAUAUAUCUGACAUUUCCAGCUGACAGCACUUUCACUGAGGAUGAUGUUGCAAACUACUUCAGCACUUUUGGGGAUGUUGAAGAUGUAAGGAUUCCAAGCCAACAGAGAAGGAUGUUUGGAUUUGUGACAUUUGUUAAUUCUGAAACUGUUGAAAUGAUUUUGGCCAAGGGAAAUCCACAUUAUGUUCGUGGAUCUCGAGUUCUUGUGAAACCUUACAAGGAGAAGUCAAAACUUAUGGACAAGAAGCACCAAGAUAGAAUGGAGCAAUCUGUUAGUUAUUCAACACACUAUGUAGACAUUGACUCUGAACCUACUUCAAUCUCAAGAAGUUGCAGAAACUCUAGAUUUCUUAAGAGGCUAUUUGAACAGCAAGAGGAGGCCCUUGAAUUUCAGAGAAGGCAUCUUGCAGAACUGCAACUGGCCCAAAACUCCGUUUCCAAUCCACCGCACAUAGACUUCAACAUGAAUAGAUUACAAGUUUCUGAUGAUCAUUUCAAUGUCCAGUCUGCGGAAUCUUUCUUUCAUUCGAAUGUCCAGUCUGCAGAAUCUUUCUUUCAUAUUCCAAAUGACAAAGCGGGGUUUACAAAUGCCAAUUACACUGACAAUGACAGAAACCAAGGACUGAAUCUCCCGGACAGCCCAUUUGCAUUUCCAGUAGAUAGUGGAAUUUCAGCAGUCAUAUAAUACACAUUUAAAAGAAAGUAUCUUUAGUUUCAUAUUUUAUUGAUGUCUAUUCUCAACUCAACUAAGCAUCAAGAAUCAGUUUAGUCAAGUCUCUGGACGGCGUACAUACAAGUGAAGAGCAGAACGGGUGGAAUUAACUUAGUGACACAUGUAAGAAAGUUACAGUUUUUUUGUGUAUUGAAGAAAAAUGUGAUAGAAAGUCCAGAAAGUCAGUGGACUUAGUCGUAUUUAAGAGCCUUCAAGAAACAAAGAAAUCAAGUAAUUGUCUUUU